AUGGUUGAAUACACUUCCAGAACCAACCUUAGCCACCAUCAUCAAGGUUCUGGCAUGGAGGCUCACUCCAUAGAUGGUGUUUCUUCACAAACCGACUCGAAAUUCUUCGAUGAUGAUGGCCAUGUGAAACGAACAGGGACCCUUUGGACUACGAGCUCCCAUAUAAUUACAGCAGUGGUGGGUUCUGGAGUGCUGUCUUUGGCAUGGGCUAUGGCUCAAAUGGGUUGGGUUGUUGGGCCUGCAGUUAUGAUCUUCUUCAGUGUUGUCACGCUCUAUACGACGUCGCUUUUAGCUGAUUGUUAUCGCUGUGGUGACCCUGUUUCUGGGAAGAGAAACUAUACUUUCAUGGAUGCAGUUCAAACCAUUCUUGGCCGGCACUAUGAUACGUUUUGUGGAUUCGUUCAGUACUCAAAUCUUUACGGCACUGCCAUAGGAUACACAAUUGCAGCUUCUAUUAGCAUGAUGGCGAUAAAAAGGUCCAACUGUUUCCAUUCCUCAGGCGGAAAUGAUCCAUGCCACAUUUCGAGCAACCCAUACAUGAUCAGUUUUGGCAUAAUCCAAAUUGUAUUUUCUCAAAUUCCAGAUUUUCAUAAAACAUGGUGGCUCUCCAUAGUUGCAGCAAUCAUGUCCUUUGCCUAUUCGAUAAUUGGCCUCGCUCUUGGAAUUGCCAAAGUUGCAGAAACGGGUACCUUUAAGGGUAGUCUCACAGGAGUAAGGAUUGGAACUGUGACAGAGGCCCAAAAAGUAUGGGGGGUUUUCCAAGGUCUUGGUGACAUAGCCUUUGCCUAUUCAUAUUCUCAAAUCCUCAUUGAAAUUCAGGACACUAUAAAAUCUCCACCUUCUGAAGCAAAGACAAUGAAAAAAGCCGCAAAGAUAAGUAUUGGAGUAACGACAACGUUUUAUAUGCUUUGUGGCUUCAUGGGUUAUGCUGCUUUUGGGGACAACGCACCAGGGAACCUGCUCACUGGAUUUGGUUUUUACAACCCAUUUUGGCUUAUAGAUAUUGCUAAUGCUGCUAUCGUAAUUCACCUUGUUGGUGCAUACCAAGUUUAUGCUCAGCCCCUAUUUGCCUUUGUCGAGAAAUGGGCUUCAAAAAGAUGGCCCAAAGUCGACACAGAAUACAAAGUUCCAAUUCCUGGCUUUGCAUCAUACAAUCUAAGCCCAUUUAGAUUAGUAUGGAGAACGGUGUUUGUUAUCAUAACCACUAUUGUAGCAAUGUUGAUUCCAUUCUUCAACGACAUCUUGGGACUUCUUGGAGCACUGGGGUUUUGGCCUUUAAGUGUUUUUUUCCCAGUGGAGAUGAGUAUCAAACAAAAUAAGAUCCCAAAGUGGAGUCAGCGGUGGAUAGGCAUGCAAAUAUUGAGUUUUGUCUGCCUCGUAGUAUCAGUUGCAGCUGCUAUUGGCUCAGUUGCCAGUAUCGUGGUUGAUCUACAGAAAUACAAACCUUUCCAUGUAGACUAUUAA